CUGACCACGUUCUUGUGUCCCACACGCUCGUUAUGCCUCACCUUCGCUAUAACGACAACCCGACCGCAAGAUCUGCUCACGUAGGCCGUUCUCGAGAACAUUGGGGGCUCGACCCACCGUAUGCUUACCAUAGUGUGCAACCAGUGGCAUCUUCGUCAUUCACAUGUCUACGGGGCUACCACCGUGUCUAACGGUCGCUUGACUAUUCAUCCUACCAAUGACGACAAUUUCCAACGUCAGGUCAACUACCAGCCUUCCAAUCAUUACGCCCAGAACAAUCCCCCUCCUAGCCUUCUCAGCCGCGACCAAUUUGGAGCGAGCCCCUCCUUACACUCCGGCACCCCGAACUUGAAUCCUCCUCCUGGCGUGCACACGGUCCCCUGCUGCUGGGGCUCCUGCACCAUCUCUCUGGACGACAAGUCGCCGGGCGGUAUGAAGCGACACCUCCAUGAGUUCCACAACCAAGACAUGACGGGUGGUCCGCCCUACACAUGCAAGUGGGAUACCGAGAACGGAACUCCCUGCGGGAAGCCGUACGCGAGCGAGGUCACACUCACGAGGCACAUCGCCGCGGUUCAUCUUAAGUCGUCCGCUGAGAAGUGCCCGCAUUGCGGGAUGCCGAUGAGCCGCAAGGACGCGCUCAACAGGCACAUCCAAUCGUCGUGCCGCAAGGCCAAUGGCCCGCCGCUCUAGAUCGGAGGUCCUGCACCAAAUUCUGCACUCCUGCCGCCAGCGGGUCUGACGACCCAGGGCGUUGGACGCUCGAUGCCCGUAUGAACUUCUACUCGCCAAUAGAGUCACCCUUCAUGCGCACACUGACUUCUUUCCCCCGUAUAAGUACCUAGAGUGGCAUACGCCUGAUCCCAGUCACUACUCUGAUGUAUUUUUAACGAGUGCUUGACGACUAUUCGAACUUCAUCACAAUGAGCAGCUGUCGCUUCGCCACAUCGAAGAUGUCCUUAAGUUCACUGCACAGC